AUGGUUCUUAAUGAACAUUUUAUAACAUUGCAUGAUAUAAAUAAUUUAUCAGUUUCCAAGAUUUGUUAAUUAAGCAAAGCAAAAUAAAAAUAAUCAAAUUUAAUUAUAACUCCAAAUGAAGAAUAUUUUGGUUUUGUAUUAGAUGAUUAAAUUUGUUUUUAAUCCCUUUUCAACUACAUUGAAAUGACAUAUUACUAAAAAUUUAACAAUAAAAUUUUAUACAAUAGCUUUUCAGCUGAUAAUAAACUAUUUUAUAUAAUUGAUUAAAAAUCAAAUUUUAUUCAAAUAGAUCUAAAUUCUAAAAAAAAAAUAGAAGAUAAUUUAGAAUUUGGAUAUAUUAAUAUCUUAACCCUUAACUGGUAAGGGACUGAGGCUAUUUUUAAUCGUUCUAAUUCAUAAUUAGAAUCCAAUAAACUAUUAUUAGCUGAUAUAAAAGCAAAGAAGGAAGUAUAAAUUAUUGAGAAUAUCCAUAUAGAUAUUGAAUAUAGAAAAAUAAUAUUUUCUGCAGAUGAAAAGAAUUUUAUGACAGGAUACUAAGAUUAAACAAUUAAAUAUUGGGAUAAAAAGUCUUGUAAGCUCCUAUAUUUAUUCAAAAGCAACAAAUAAAUAUAAUAGAUAUAACUUUCAUCAUAAGGAAUCCUGGCUUAAACAGGUUAAGAUAAAAUAUUGCUAUGGAAUCUAAAAGUUGUUAAAUAAGAGAAAGUUUAAAUGGAUGGACAUUCUAAAUAAAUAACAAUACUCUUAAUUUCACCUGAUGGCCUAUAAUUGAUUGCUCGUUCUGAUGAUCUCUUAAGUCGAUGGGAUUUAUUAGAAAUGAAAAGACUAAAUUUUGAAAUUAAUGAAUCAAAAAUUCCAUAUAAAUUUUGUUUCUCAUAAGAUAGUCAAUAUUUAGCUGCUGUAGAUUGGUACGCCUUUUAUUUGUGGAAAUUUAACUCAAAACAUAUGAUUGGGAGAUAUUGUAAAUUGUAUUUUGAUUGUCUUUUUAAUUUUGAAUUUAACAGAUUAAAUAAUUCUUUAAUUUUUACUAAGAAUGAAUUAAUUAUAAAAUGGGACGUAUAAAAAAUUGAGAAUUUAAAUAUAUAACCAUUUAUUUAAGAUUAAUCUCAAUGUUUUUGUGAAUUUAUAUUUUCAUCAUGUGCUGAAUCGUAUGUAUCUACUAAUCCACUUUAAAUAGUAUACAUUGAUGAUAAAGGUUAACAAUAAUUUUAAAAAUUGAAACUAAAUUAAGAUAUUAAAGUUGGUGUUAUAGCAUUAUCCUAAGACUGUAAAAGAUUGGCUCUAGUGAAUUAAAUUAACAAUUCAAUAAUUUUAUUAGAAGUUGAAAAUAAUUAAUAAAAAUUAUUAAUUGAUGAAGAAUGUAGCAAUACUAAAAUUCUAUCUAUGACUUUUUCAGAAAAUGAUAAAUUAUUAUUCUCAUGUCAUGAAGAUGAUAAACUUAGACUUUGGGAUGUUUAAGAUAAAUUUAUUUUAAUUUAAAAAAUAAAUGCUCCAUACCAAUGUGUAUUUACAGAACCAUUUGGUGUUGCAUAUUGCUAAACAAUAAGAACAUUUCCAGAGAAGAAUGAUGAAUUUCUCAUUUUUUGGGCAGCUACUGUAAAUUGUUAUUCAGAUUGGGCUUAUGAAAUGAAUGUAUAUUAUUAUCUUAAAGGAGAAAAAAAAGUGCUUAAAGAUGCAGGACACCAGGAUGCAGAAUCUCUAAGUGCAGCAUAUUCAAGUUAAAAAUAAUUAUUGGCAAUUUAAAGGAUUAGAAAUCUUCAAAUAUAUAAUUUAGGUUCAAAUGAAUUGAUAUUAAAUAUUAAGUGUGAUGAGGCAUAUAAAAAUAAUAUUUCAACUCUACUUUCAUUUUCACCAGAUGGUAACAUAUUGUUAGGGUUAAGUGAGAAUAAUAGAAUAAAUUAUUGGGAUCUUACUGAUAAUUAAAUCAUUAAAUUAAAAUGGAAUCUAAAUUAAAUUGUAAAAGCUAAUGCUAUUGUUUAUGUACCUACUAAAAAUGUCAUCAGAAUUCUAGGAUAGGAUAAUAUGAUAUAUGAUUUACAUAAAACAGAAUUUGUUGAAAUGUGUCAAAUAAGUAAAAUCAAAACUGAAAUUAAAGUUAAUAAUGAAAAAAAAUAAUAUCAAUCAUAAAAUUACACUAUUUCAUUUAAUGAAAAAUAAUUAGAAAUAUUUGAAAGAAAAACUUAAUAGUUGAAAUAUACAUUGGAUUCCUUUUUCUCAGGUAUAAGAUGUUUAUCUGAAAGUCCUUGCGGAUUCUAAUUUUUUUUGGGAAUGUAAGAUGGAUCAAUAUUAUGUUAUAAAAUAGAAGAAGAACUUUUAAAUAAAUAUACUAAACCAGUUUGCUAUAAAGUCAUUUCCAAUAUUCCUUUCUUCUAUGCAGAACUUUGUAAUAUCAAUAAUUCUAAAUUUUAUUCAAAAGACAAUGAAAAUUUAAAUAGAUUAUUUAUAUAGAAAGGAGCGAUUGAAUAAAAAGAAGCCAUUUGA